AGGCGGUGGAAAUUAAAACUAAAAAUUAGUUUUAAUUUAAUGAAUUUAAAAGAUACAAAAAGACGGCCAAAGGGAAAUUAUUGUGUUUCGGACACAAAAUUUCUUGAUAAAAUUAAAACUUGAAAUUAGUUAUUAAAUUAAAUUAAAAAGAUACAAAAAGACGGUCAAAGGGAAAUAUAUUGUGUUUCGGACACAAGUUUCUUGAUAAAACUAAAACUUAAAAUUAGUUAUUGAAUUAUAAAGAUACAAAAAUGGCGGUCAAAGGAAACACUGUUGUGUUCCGGACACUAUGUUUCUUGAUAAUAUUACAUUUUGUAAUAGCACUAAUCAACGCUGCUACAAUAACGGAAAUGGAGACUCUGCAUACGUCAUUAUUUACUGGUUAUAACAAAAAUGUGCGUCCAAUAACGAACCAAAACUCAGCAAUAAACGUUAAUAUAUAUAUGACAAUUAAGUCAAUUAGAGAAUUUGAUGAAGUUGAUGAAAGGUUUUCUUUUGUCGCAGCGUUGUUACUAGUAUGGACAGACGAAAAGUUACAAUGGGACCCAAGUGUUAAUGGUGGCAUCGAACAGCUUACAGUUUCGUUCGGCGAUGUAUGGGUUCCGGAAAUGACGUUAUCCAGUCCUUCUUCAAAAGGGUCAACUAUAGGGAAAUCAACUGACAGAAUACGUGUUGACCAAUUUGGUCAAAUGGAAUGGAUACCAGCGGGUCUCAUUGAAAGCACGUGUAGUGUUAACGCUAAGAAAUUUCCGUUUGACACUCAGAGUUGCGACACGAGUUUUACUUCCCUUGGUUACAAAAGCCAUGAAGUGAAUCUUCUAGCUGGAAUGCCCGACAUCUCUUUUGAUGCAUAUGCUCCUCACACUUUAUGGGAUGUUACUGGAUCAAAAGUUAACGUUAUUACGGUAGCGACUGGAAAUGAGUCUGAAAUAACGUUCACUAUAAAGUUGAAAAGGGACUCAACUUUUGCUGUGAUAAACAUUAUAAUGCCAAUAUCAAUUCUAAGCAUGUUAAAUGUUCUUGUGUUUCUCUUGGUGCCAGAAUCGGGGGAACGCAUUGGAUACUGUAUCACAACACUGCUCGCUAUUGCUGUAUACAUGACCAUUGUCAAUGACUUGUUGCCCCAAACUUCGAAGCCAGUACCGCUUAUAACUUACAAGUUAUUUAUAGACUUGUUUAUAAGCGCACUUAUAGUAUGUGUCACCAUCCUUAACAUGCGUCUGUAUAGUAGGGACGACAGCUAUAUUGUACCUGCGUGGCUCAAGUCUGUGUACAGAUUUUUAACCUGUACCCGAAGCAAAAUUAGCCGAAUUGGAAAUGGUGAGGUGGAGCCUGUAAUUGUGAUCAGUUCAAAGAACAGUAAACAAAUUAUACCGGACAGUAAAUCUGGAUACAGUGAAAAGGAAAAGAUUCACGAGCUGGAAAAGUCAGAAGGCGAAGGCAAUCUAAUUACUUGGAAGAAAAUAAGCUAUAUGGUUGACUGGAUUGUCCUAUUUACGAGUAUAUUUAUGUCACUUUUGAAUGUAAUCAUAUUUGUGGGUCUUGCAAAAUCAUAAUUAAAGAAAAAUAAAAAAGACAAAAAACAAACAUCUUUGCAAAGGCAUGUGUAUAUAACUAACUGUAAAUUGCAGUUCUCAAGCAUGUUUGCUAAACGAGAAAGGAAUUUUAUUUGUAUCUCAACAAUAUUUUUUUUAUCCUUCCUCAAGCGGAUAAUUUUGACAUAUUCAUAAUCUAACUAGAAGUGUUUCAAUUUGUAAGCAUGUAAAUGUGUUAUUAUAGAUGGAAGUGUUAAAAUUAUGUGCUGUUUUGUAAGCAUGGGAAUGCGUUGUAAUUGGUGGUGUUGGCAGUUUACCAUCACGGUAGUAAGACUCUUUGAAUUUGAAUUCACCUGAGCGCAAUUCAACCAUCGCAUCGUUUCUGAACAGGCUGUCAAGUAGUACUAAUUUCCUGCACUUGUAUACGUCUGUACAUGCCAGAGUAGUAUGACUGUAGAAAAGAUAGCACAAUUUUGAACGUUAGGUUGCCAAUUUCAUUGAAUAUUUCUUAAAAGAGCUGGGACAAAAAAUAAUAUUUUCCCCAAGAAUAGAGGAAAAGUAUGAAGCUUCCUAUAUACGCUUACAUUCAUUCGGAACACCGAAACGAUUAGUACUGUUUUAUAACAAGAAUUUUAAAGAACUAUCAUUCUACAUGCUCUUUUACAUACACAUUCAUCAAUCUUUUACAAUACGUUGUUUUUUUUUCUUCUUUUCCUAUACAAUGACAUGUUAAAUAAUGGACACAAGUCUGAAUGGUUAUAAAUCAUAUAAAGUGGGAAAUGAAAAGGAAUCGUGAGAACCUCCUGUAAGUUGUUAUUUGGUUGUCUUAAUGUGUUUACUUAUUCAUUCAAUUUAUUUCAUUCGCCCUACUUUGUCACAUUAAAAAUCUGUUCAUUCCACUAUUGACUUACAUUGUAAUAAGAUUUUUUAUUUUCAGUGUGGAUUAGCAAGUUUUUCUAACGGAUUAAUGUCUGACGUAGGUAUCAUUUUAUAACUAUAAUUUCUUAAAAAGGAUUUGUGAAAAAGAUUACGCACGUAUUUAAUCUCAUCAUGUGAUGCGUGUCGUAAUGUCAA